AGAAAUUGAAAAGGGAUAAGAGGAAGGAGAAAAUGCUGGGCUGGUGUGAAGCGAUAGCCCGUAACCCUCACAGAAUCCCCAACAACACGCGAACACCCGAGAUUACAGGGGAUUUGGCUGAUGCCUCACAAGCCUCCACAUUGAAUGACAAAUCUCCAGGGCGAUCUGCCAGUCGAUCAAGUAAUAUUUCAAAAGCAAGCAGUCCAACAACAGGGACAGCUCCCAGGAGCCAGUCACGGUUGUCUGUCUGUCCAUCUACUCAGGACAUCUGCAGGAUCUGUCACUGUGAAGGGGAUGAGGAGAGCCCUCUCAUCACGCCCUGCCGCUGCACAGGCACCCUGCGCUUUGUCCACCAGUCCUGCCUCCACCAGUGGAUCAAGAGCUCAGACACACGUUGCUGCGAGCUCUGCAAGUAUGACUUCAUAAUGGAGACCAAGCUCAAACCCCUACGGAAGUGGGAGAAACUACAGAUGACCACGAGUGAAAGGAGGAAAAUCUUCUGCUCUGUCACAUUCCACGUGAUCGCCAUCACCUGUGUGGUCUGGUCCUUGUAUGUGCUGAUAGACCGGACGGCCGAGGAAAUCAAGCAGGGCAACGAUAACGGUGUCCUUGAAUGGCCAUUUUGGACAAAACUGGUUGUGGUGGCCAUUGGCUUCACAGGAGGUCUCGUCUUCAUGUACGUACAGUGUAAAGUCUACGUUCAGUUGUGGCGCAGGCUGAAGGCCUACAACCGUGUGAUCUUUGUGCAAAAUUGUCCAGACACUGCCAAAAAACUGGAGAAGAAUUUUUCAUGUAAUAUAAACACAGACAUAAAAGAUGCUGUGGUAGUGCCUGUAUCACAAACAGGUGUCAACUCACUGCCACCUGCAGAGGGCGCUCCUCCUGAAGUUAUACCGGUUUGACGGAAUCAGUGGGAAUUUCUUCACCGAACAAGCCCUCGGCCACUACAAAUGACAGGAUUGAUCCUGAUUUCCUCUCUCCCUUUAUCUUCUCCUUUCUUCUGACUCAUACUUCCGUACUUUGCUCAAAGAGGGAGGGAAGAAACACCGAAUGACCAGGAUCUCGUGAUGCAAAGCCAAGAGUAGAAAGUGGAAAUAUGAAGUUUGCCAGAGAAUGAUAUCUAAGACAAUUACGCCCUAUUGGAACAAAGAAUGCUUUUAGGCAAUGACAAGAGAUGUAAUGGACAUAAACUCUUCACAGUAGCA